AUGUGGAAAGGCGCCAAGGACAAUGGCGAUAAUGGCCUCACGCAUGAGGACCCUUACCCAAUUCCCAACGACGAUGAAGGCUCUAGGACAUUUAGGAGAAGUGAAGAGCCCAACGAGAGGACCAGACUUCUGGAUCGCCCCAGGCCACCACCCAAUUCAGAUGGCUAUCUCGACCCAGAUGACCCAGCUGUGUCACCUUACAAUCUCUGGACCGUACGGGCCAUGCGCUAUCUCACCAUCCUGUUCUUGAUCAUCAGCUUCUUGUGGUGGGUUCUCUUACUCGUCUCCAUCUUCGUCUCUCCUCCUGGCCUCCACACGCGUGGCUCCGGCUUCUUCGACUUCGCCUACACCUGCCUUACCAUUGGCAACCUCCUCGUAGUCACCAUCUUCUUCAUCACACCAGCCAAGGGCUUGCGCAUCACCACAUCCAUCAUUGCCGGUCUCUUGGCCAUCGACAUGAUCCUCAUCCUAUCAAUUCCACGUAUAAGGCUUGAAGAGGGUUGGGUUGGCAUUGCAAGCGUCAUCUGGGCCUUCCUGAUGGCUGUCUGGUGCAUCUUGACUGACCGUGUUGUUGCAUACGGCAAGCGAGAGGAGGAAGAGCGUCUUACCGGACGCGCAGAGACCCGCCGCACAUUGAAGGAAUGGGUUGCUGUUCUUGUCGCUACCAUUGUGACUGUCAUCUUCAUCGUCAUUGUCAUCCUGAUGACUGCCACCCUGGGGCUGCGCGGCCGCGAUGCAACACUCAAGAUGUACGGUGACCGCAUUUUGGUAGAUGGAGACAAGUACGCAGUUCAUUUGGCUUGCGUUGGCAAUGUUACAGAGACCCAUGGCUCAAAGGAUCCCACUGUCAUUCUCGAGGCUGGUGAAGAACCAUUGGAGUAUGACCUCGAGCACUGGGCCUACGCAGCGUACAAGAACGGCACCAUCUCGCGCUACUGCUACUGGGACCGUCCCGGCUAUGCCUUCUCCGAUAAUGCCCCUUCGCCACACUCGGCUGGUAUGUCUGCAGAUGCCCUCUCUGAGGCACUCGCCAGGUCUGGUGAGGAAGGACCAUGGAUUCUUGUCUCGGCUGGCACUGGCAGCAUCGUCUCGCGUAUCUUCAGCUCGCGCCACCUGAAGCAGGUCACAGGCAUCAUGAUGGUCGAUCCUCUCCACGAAGACCUUCUCCACCGCAUCGGCAACCCUGGACGCGGUUUCUUACUCUGGGCCUGGGGUAUCAUCUCGCCUCUUGGUACCGUCCGCCUCGCCGGCGCACUCUUCAAGGGCCGUACGCGCGAAGACCGCGUCUACGGCCGCAAUGCCUACCAGUCCGGCAAAUUCAUCAAGGCGCAGCUUCAGGAGAAUCUUGUUGCCGACAGCCUGACCAAGAACGAAGUCUCUGCCGCACGAAACAUUCAAAGCUCAAACACACCGCUUGUCGUUGUCUCGAGUGGAAUCGAGGUUAAGAAGAACAGCGAGUGGGAACGCAAGCAAAAGGACUUGACGCAUCUCACCGACAACCUUGUGAGUUGGGAUGUGGUCAACAAGGCGCCACACCAGGUCUGGCAGACACUUGAGGGGCGUUCAGUCAUGGAGAAGCGUCUCAAGCAGCUGGUCAAGGCUGCUGCAAAGGUCAAGAAUGAAGCUGUUGGGGAGCAGGACGAGUAG